ACCGAAACUUGAACCGUACGUUCAAACUAACUAGCUACUAAUUGCACAACUUUGGUGUUACUGAUAACGGCAGACUCAACUUCGGAUGGCCAGCAAGAUCUUUCAGUGGAGACUCUAUGUCGUUUUUGAUGAGCUCUAUUUCUUUUUUGUUACUCUAAUCCUCUCUUACUAGGUUAGUUGACUCUGGAUUCUUCAUCUCAGGAGCUGCUCGCAUGCUGAUAUAGAAAUACUUCAUAUAAAACACACUGGUUAUCCUCUUUGCCAUGAAAUAUGCCGCACGUUGCAGAUUCACCACUCUUCGUUCCUCUAUAUGUCAACGACGGGCUGCUAAGACCUGAGCAAGUUGGCUCUCUUCGUCCCUCGUCCUCGCAUGAACCUCUGGAUGACCUACGUCAGCGGUACAAACACGAUGGUUAUCUUUUUUUGAAGAACCUCCUGCCGCGGGAACACGUACUCAAGGCUAGAGAGGCAUAGUUUACCCUUUUGGCCCCUAGCGGUGUGCUUGCACCUGGAACUCUUCCCGUAGAAGGGGUGUUCGAUAAAGAAAAGGAUAAAUUAGAUUUCCCUGGAAUGUAUGCAAGGCACCUUAUUUGUACUCUCCAUUUCCUGUUUUGUGGUAAUACCUAUCUGGAGGAAUGCUCCUUCACUAACCUCAAAUUUUACGUCGCGUAUUAUGAUAAAAGAUAAUCUCCCGAAGGGGGCUAACAUAGAAUAAGCGGAGCUGGGUCAACUGACGGGAACGGGCGUCCUCGUGGAGGUCUUUUUGUUGAUCCCGCAUUGCAAGCCCACGAGGAACUUUGGUAUAAGGAUGAAUUCUGUAAACAUGAAACACUCCAUUCGUUUAUCAGCAAGUUCACCGGAUGAGGUGAUAAUACUCUCGGUCUCACUGGGUACCUUUUGAGAAACAACACGCCGCAAAACAAAGCAAUAGGUGUACAUUACGACCAGAUUUUCCUCCGACAUGGCGAGGAUACUGGUAUGACUGCUUGGGUACCUAUGGGCGAUGUUGCCUUGCCUAGAAGGAGGCCAUACUCUCGGUCAAGACACCGAGACAUAUUUCUAUGAUCUUGCCGAGAAAACCGGGCUUUCCGAAGAAGAGAAAAGGAAUGCAUUUAAUAAAAAUAUGAUGAAUGGAGGCUUACUUGCAGACGGGCCAAAGGAGUUUUCCGAGGCGCAUCGCCGAAAAUGGCUUACUACGAACUACGAGGCUGGCGACGUUGUUCUUCAUACACCAUACACGGUAAGACAAUAAAGUGAAGGCACAACAAAUAUUCCAGCUGGCCAUCUUGAAAGAUUCAUGCCUCGACAAUAAACAAUGACCUGAAGAAUGUUAUUCGUCUUGGUACGGCCCUGAGAUUUGUCGAUUCUUCCCGGCCAUACGACAAGGUUUGUAUGGGGAUCUUUCGAAACAGAGUAUCUUGCUAGUAUGCUUGAUAGCGUUGGCUAAAUGUAUACGCGUUCGGAAAUGGUGUAUAGCAGGUUUAAUAGGCGGUCAGGCGGCCAGCACACCGGUAUAACUUGGAAGCAGGAUCCAUGCCAACAAAUAAAACUGAGCUGUAUUGGCUAUUCUUUACGAAGAACAAGGUAGAUCGUUACUUAGUUAAACGCUGUUCUUAGCUAAUAGCCAGUUAAACCUCGUGGCUGAAACAUAUUGCAUUCAUUGGAGGAACUCAUAGAGUAAGGCUUGAACUAUCUACUUAGGGUAAUUGGCUAGGAUGUACGACGUACGGAGCUGAAGCUUUAAUACUUGAAUAACUGGUGCUUAGAUGUUGCUUUUACCACAACAGUUCGCAUGCAAGUGGUUAGUAGGAGUUAAUAGCCGUAUAUGAUUAGGAUAUCUUAAAGUGGUAACUAUGUACUUCUCUAACACUGGGGGGAAUUCGUAUCGGCCUGAGGCGCCCAACGUGCGG